UGUUUUGUUUGAGUUUAAGCGCGAAUAGAGGAGUUCGUGAUUUGUUUUAGAUAUUUGCUAAAAUUACUGCUUUAUUACAUAGAUAAAAAUAUCAUACAAUAUAUAUAUCAAAAUGUCAUUCGAACCACGUUCUUUAGUAAAUGGUAACAUACUGCGCCAGUAUACUGGUAAAAAUGUGAGCAUCAUGUUGCAAGUUGAGAAAGAAGAUGGUCGGAUGCUCAUUGCAAAAUCAACUGAUAACCUGAAUGUCCGAGUAGCUAUGCCUCAGCCCCAAGGUGUGCGAAACGGUGACUGGGUUGAAGUAAUUGGCGUUCCAACAGGAGCCGAUUCCAUAAAUGCAAAAGAGGUUAUAACGUUCCCCGGACAAUUUUCUCUUGAAUCAGAAGACUAUAACAUGAUGGUGCGUUUUUUAAAUAACGCUAAAGACGUAUUUCGUCAGGGAUGACAAGUUUUAAAGUUUUCUUUAUAUUAAAUAAAAAUAUAUUAUAUUUUAUUUUAAUAAAUUAUAUUAAUUAAUAAACUAAAAAAGAAUGCAGCUG